GCGUUUCUGAAUGUUAGAUGCAGCUUACUUUUGAAACUGGAUCACUAUGGUUCUGAGGAACGCGUCUCAUAGGAAUGGUUUGGACAGAACAAUUGACCAGACGUUUCCGAAUCUGAAUUUUUACCUCUCCAAAUCCGUUCAUGGUAGCGCACCUACAGCUUUUGGUCAUUUCUUCACCACCAAAUCUCAAAGGAAGAUCAGAGGAUGAAAGUUCUGACUAGUUUCCCUCUUUUACUGGGCUGCUUGACUCUCUUACACCUGGACGUUAUCUCGCAUGCGCUCACCGGAGCGGCGGCGGCACAGCGCACCGGUCACCGACAUACCGGAGCGGACAAACCCAAUCCAAGCGUUUUACGGUUAACGGGAGCGCGCAACAGCACGACGCCCAGAAAGCCCGUUGACCACGCGAAGAUAUCUCGCAUCAGGACUGGGCCUCCUCUGAUAAAAAACGAGGCCAACCCAGUGACUGUACCUGUUAUCCUAGGGCACAGAGAGGCCGUGCGCUCCUGGGUACCCAAGGAUGCGGCGCGCGUUGCAUCCAGCGCGGCAUCCUCAUCCACCAUCCAUCACCAGGCGGGACACAACAAAGGAAAAGGAGUUUCUAAUCACAAAUCUGCCGUGCCGUCCCCGUUAAGAGCAGCUCAGCCCAAAACCGCGGUGCUGAAAAGCAAAGCGCCAGCACCAGCCCCGCUGAGAGCGAAAGGAACAGUGAAGGGGAUCGAAAACGAGGCACUCAAGCAUCCAUUGGUCACCCCGCAUGACUACAUGCUAUCCCUGUACUGGUCACUGACCAGCGGAGAGGUCAAUACAAGUGUCCUGCACGAGGCUGGGAUGGCCAAUACCAUCACCAGCUUUGUGGACAGAGGGCAAGAUGAUCGUGUGACCCAGCUUAGACGCCAGAGAUACCUCUUCAACAUCAGCUCUAUGGAGAAGGAGGGUUUGUUGGGCGCGGAGCUGCGCAUCCUCCGAAAGAAACACAUGGACAUCCGCAAGACCUCAUUUAACGAUGGCACGACUUUUUUGAUAUUAUACACCUGUGCAAAAGGUAAGCAGACACCCAUCAUGGUCCAGUCUCGCCGUGUCGAUCAACACAACGCGCCUUACUGGGAAGUGUUUGACAUUUGGAAAGUGUACAAGAACUUCAGAAACACACCUCAGCUUUGCUUCGAGCUGGAGGCGGUGGAUCAAGGCCGACCGCUUGACUUGACAUUACUCGGCUUGGGUCGGAUGAGUCGACAAACAAAAGAAAAGGCCUUUUUUGUCGUGUUUGGACGUACGAAAAAGCGAGGUCUGUUCUACAACGAGAUCAAAGCCCGUUCGGGUCACGACAACAAGACGGUUUACGAGUACCUCUUCACCCAGCGUAGGAUGCGUCGGGCGCCGUUGCCCCGUGGUACAAAAAUAUCCAAAAAACCCAAGCAGCGCUGUAACCGGAAGCAACUGCACGUCAACUUUAAGGACAUGGGCUGGGACGACUGGAUCAUCGCUCCUCUGGAGUAUGAGGCCUUCCACUGCGACGGCGUCUGCGACUUUCCCAUCCGUUCCCAUUUGGAGCCCACCAAUCACGCCAUCAUCCAGACCCUCAUGAACUCCAUGGAUCCUCGGUCCACUCCUCCAACCUGCUGUGUUCCGACCAGACUGAGUCCCAUCAGCAUUCUGUACAUCGACUCGGCCAAUAAUGUGGUGUAUAAGCAGUACGAGGACAUGGUCGUGGAGAGCUGUGGCUGCAGGUAGCGGGAAGUCGCUUGCAGACAUUUACACAGAUGUGAGGGAAACAGAAACUCUUUUAGACUCCUUGUGGUGUCUCUGACUUUUUAACCGCUAAGGACUUCGAACGUUCUGCGUCCAGAGAUUUACAGAGGGCAUUGGAGAAGCUUUCUUUUUGUAAUGUCUCAAAUGUCCUCGUUUCCAAAAAGAAAACACGUUUAUAUAAAUGUCAGAUUAGUAAUUUAGGCCAUGUACAUCACUUACAUUUUUUGUGUGAAAUGGACAUUUCAUAUUUGUUCAAUGUGUGCCACCUUGGACAUCGCAGCUCUGGAUUUUCAGGUUUUUGGGAUUGGGUGUGCUUUCGUGCUGCCACAGUCAAUCAGCAUCGUCGUGACAUGUUCAUGAGAAUACAAGGUAGUUAGUCACAUGACAUUUACGACUCGAGUGAUUGGCUGCAAAAUUGACUGGUCAAGAGAUUCCUGCUGGUGAAAAUACACCACUACUCAUCACUAGAGAUUUAAAACAGUUCAAUGGUUCUGCAAUGUUUUGCAAAUAUAAGCUGCUCAACAAAAGCAUAUUUUCAAAGGUUUUUUUCUAAGAAUUAGCAAUUGUUUAUAAAAGGUCCAGCUGUUAUAUACAGUUAUGUUGUUAUGGUCUUUAUUGAGCUAAAAUGUCAUGUAUUUUAAUGCUAUAAAUAUAAUUCUCUAUUUCCAGAAGAAAAAUGUUGCUAUUGGUUGCUUUGCCAUUUCUAUAGGUUCAAGGAUUCUGCUUGGUGAACGUCUACAUUUUUUGUAAUUGUGAUGUAAACCAUUUUAACAAACGCAGAACGGUGUAAAGAUCAACAAAUACAUUUAAAAAUGAGUGAUAAACAGAUAUUUUUAUGAUGU